AUGAGAAAAGUGGUUUGUAAUCUUAUUUCCGAAGAUGAAAGGUAUAAUGAGGAAUUGCUUCCCGCUUCAAGGAAUAGUUGUAGUGAUGUAAGCUCUUCUUCUGUAAAUGAGGCAGAAGGUGAAUUGGAUACAAUUGAGAAAGUGGAUACUUUGAUCGGGGGUGCAAGGGUUAUAAGCAAUAGAGUAGAAAGUACCAGCGAUGAUGAGCAGGCUGCAAGAAAAAAGGAAUCAGUUCAACCCUGGAAUGAUUAUCAUGAAAAUAUAGAACUUACUCAAGCAAGUACGAUAUCUCUUGACCCUGAUGACGAAGAUCUCGAUGAGAUUAUUUCUUACUCACAUAAUGGCAAUUAUGACAACUCUCAUAAAACGUUCUCUUUUUCCUUACCAUUUGGUAAUACAAAUUUUAGGUCAAGCUCACCCUUUGCCAUUAUCAAAACAGUUCUACCCAAAACUCCUGACGAAUUUAUCAGAAAGAACUUGAGGAAGAAUGAAAUUAAACAAAAACUGAAGAAAUCAAAUUCCAUUUCUUCUUUGGAGGAGAUAGAGUUAUUUAAAGACGAAAAGGGAAUUGAUAAUUCAAGGAUUAGAGCCGUUAAAGAAUCCUUGGAAAUGGAUGCAUUGAAGAACUCCAUAAAACAGAUUACAGCAGACCCAUUUGACAAGACUCAUGACGGAUAUUACCGUUCGCGCUUGGAAUCUAUAUGGCAUGAAUUGGAAGGAGAUGUUGUUAUAAUGGGUGGUUACCGUGGUAGUGUGCUAAGAGAUGCUACGACUCAUAAGCGAAUUUGGAUCCCACUAAAGGCAGGUCUAAACAUGACGAAAGUAGAUUUAUUGAUUGGGCCCAAUGACGAAGAUGAACUGCAAACUCAGAAAGAAAUUGUUCCUGAUGGAAUGUUAACACACAUAGGCCCUGUUGACGUCUCCAAAAAAUUGAUAAAGAAACUAGAGUCAAAUCCUAGGCUGAAAGUUCAACAGUUUGGAUAUGAUUGGAGACUGUCGUUGGAUAUAUCUGCUGAGCAUUUAAAGAAUAAACUAGAGGAGAUUUAUGAUGAGCAAAAAAACAAGAAGGGAGUAUACAUAAUUGCCCAUUCAAUGGGUGGGUUGGUGGCACAUAAAGUUCUACAAGAUUAUACUCAUUUGAUAAGAGGCAUUAUCUAUGUGGGUUCACCGAGUCAAUGUCCCAAUAUCCUGGGCCCUAUCAGGUUUGGGGACGACGUGAUGUGGAAUAAAACCAUUUUCAGUAAAGAAACGAAUUUUUUCAUGAGAAGCAGCUUUUAUUUUCUACCAUUAGAUGGUAGAUGUUUUGUUGACAGAACUACCCUAGAGAGAUAUGAUUUUGAUUUUUUUGAUACAGACGUUUGGAAAGAUCUUGGCUUAUCACCUCUGGUUAAUGAAAGGAGAGAAAAGAUGGCCCACGAGAAAUCAAAGCUAUUACCGAGGAAAACAAAAUCAUCACUUUCGCUUAAAGCAACGCUAAAUGCAACUACUAAGUUUGUUUUAAAUGCACCUGUUGUUAGAACUGUAGCGGGCAACAACAAACAAUCACCAAGAGAGAUACCUUCUGAUGAAGACUUCCAUACAUCUUACGAAAAUUGCUGUGAGUAUUUAACCAGAACUUUAAAACGUACUAAGGAUUAUUUGGAUUCCUUAGCUUAUGAUCAGAAUAAAGAAUAUCCUCCAUUGGCGAUGGUUUAUGGUAACAAGGUUCCCACGGUUAGAGGUGCUAAAGUAAAUGGUAUACAAGAUAUAAAAGACGGAAAUUACGAAGACUUUUACUAUGGUCCAGGCGAUGGUGUUGUGCAUCAUAAAUGGUUACUGCCCGAACAAAGAGGAUUUCCAGUUGUUUGUAAAAUUGCUAGUUCCUCUGGUCAUGUCAGUUUGAUGACGGACUUGAAGUCAAUAGCAAAGGCGUUUAUUUCUAUCGUCGACACUGAGAAGGUAAAAAAAUAA